AUGUAUGUACACAAAAAUUUAGAAUUUUGGGAUAGAAUACUCUUCUCUGACGAAAGUAAAUUUAAUAUUUUCAAAUCUGAUGGUCAAAUAAGAAUAUGGCGAAAGCGUAAUACCGAGUUGGAUUCACAUAACAUAGUUUCAACUGUUAAACACGGGGGUGGUAGUGUAUUAGUAUGGGGUUGUAUGAGUUCCUCCGGACUUGGAGAACUAGUUUUUAUAGACGAUCAUGAUCCCAAGCAUACUGCUUAUAUUGUCCGCCAAUGGAUCGUUUUUAAUACACCCCAUACAUUGCCAACCCCUCCUCAAUCGCCGGAUUUAAUUCCGAUUGAAUACAUAUGGAAUGAGUUAGAAAGAAGGAUCCGAAAACACCUUAUUCGGACAAAGGACCAAUUAAAAGAUGCACUUAUGAAGGAAUGGAACGAAAUAGGUUUAGAAGUAACACAAAAUUUAGUACAUUCGAUGCCUAAUCGGUUACAAAGUAUCUCCGUGUGCCUGACAGCUCUGGUGCUGACGAUAGUUGCCGAGGAGAAACCGACGAACACCGUUUCGGUGUCCGCGGGCUCGCCAGCGAUCCAAAGCAACACGAUCCAGAAGCUGAUCAAGAUCCUGGAGAAGUACGGUCUCGAGGAGCAGAGGGGUUUGAAGAGGGUCUACCUGAGCAACAGGUCGAUCACUUGCAACGACGGAUCCCAGGCGGGAUUUUACCUGCGGAAGUCGCACGGCUCGAAGAGGUGGAUCAUUUUCCUGGAAGGUGGCUGGUACUGCUACGACCACAAGAGCUGCAGGAACAGGUGGCUCAGGUUAAGGCAUCUGAUGACGUCGACUCAGUGGCCUGAGACACGCGACGUUGGUGGUCUUCUGUCGGCGAAUCCGGAGGAAAAUCCAUUCUGGUGGAAUGCGAAUCACGUAUUCGUCCCUUAUUGCACGAGUGACAGUUGGAGCGGCACCAGAGCUUCGCCGAACGACAUGUUUUCCUUCAUGGGGGCGGAGAUCGUAUUGCAAGUGGUGCGGGACCUCGUUCCACUUGGCCUUGAAAACGCCAGCUCCCUUCUUUUGGCAGGCAGCAGCGCGGGUGGAACCGGUGUCAUGUUGAAUUUGGAUCACGUGCACAAUUUGGUUCGCCAUGAAUUAGGAUUGAAACAUAUCGCUAUACGGGGUGUCUCGGACUCAGGGUGGUUUCUGGACAGAGCUCCCUAUUCACCGAACGGUUUGUCACCAGUGGAUGCUGUUCACAAGGGGAUGGAUUUUUGGAAGGCUCGUAUGCCCCAUAAUUGCGUCUUGAAGCAUCCAAAUGAACCGUGGAGAUGCUACUUUGGAUACAGGCUGUACCCAACUUUGACUGCGCCCCUGUUCGUUUUUCAAUGGCUGUUCGACGAGGCGCAGAUGUCGGCCGACAACGUGGGCGCACCGGUGACGAAGCAGCAAUGGGAUUACAUUCACAAGAUGGGUGACAGCCUUCGGCAGACCUUCGAAAACGUUACGGCGGUCUUUGCCCCGAGUUGCAUUAGUCACAGCGUCCUGACGAAGAGGGAUUGGCAGUUGGUUAAAAUAGACGAAGUUUCUUUGGCGCAAGCGUUGCAUUGUUGGGAACAAAUGCCAAUCGGGAAUCACCGUAACGAUACUCAAUCGCCAAUCGAAACGAACCAACCGUGCUCGAAAUCGCUUCGGAAGCUGUUGCGUUCCGGGCUGACGAAGGGAAACGGAACGUCGCCCGAAACCGGACGAUCCGGGAAAAUUGAGUCUCUGGCGGACUUGCAGAAAGUCUCGUCCACCGCCAUUAACAAGUCGGACGCGGGGAAAUCGAAAUCGGCGUCCGUUCAGUCGCAGGAACGAGAAAACAAAAAGAGGAAGAGGCGGAAGCACAAAGGCAGACGGAGAGACAGGAACAAAGAGACGAGAACGAAGAAGGAGAAACACGAGCGAAGAAAAGCUGGCCGCCGGAAGGGCAACAAGCAGAACAACGACAGCAACCACACGGGCAUGUUUAACGGGACUAGACCUCAGCGCUCGGUGAUACCAUCUGGCAAACGGAAGUGCGUCCAGGGCUGCCACUUCCGGCUAAUCGAACGUUGCACUUGGCCGCAGUGUAAUCACAGCUGUCCAAAGCUCCACAAUCCGUUUACCGGGGAGGAGAUGGACUUUAUCGAGCUGCUGAAAAGCUUUGGCCUCGACAUGAAAAGCGUGGCGAAUGCAUUGGGUAUUGACAUACAGACGUUGAACAGCAUGGACCACGACGAACUGCUCAAUCUUCUUACGCAACGAGCGAAUUAA